GGUUCUGGAGUCGCUGUCCUGCAUCUUGGGGAGCCCACGCUGUCCACCGAGCCCCAGGCUGGGUGGGUGACCCCACAGCAAUAUGUGGGGGAAGCGUAAUUACCCCUUUUGAAACUGAGUCUUGGGGGGGGGGGGUGCCAGGAUUUUGUUUUUGUUUGUUUUACUUAGGGACUUUACCACGUGGCAGAGCCAGGAUUCAAACUGCUUUCUGCCUUACCAAGUCUCUUCAAUUUACUCUCUCCCCUCAGGGAUCCUAUUAUCUAUGGCUUCCAAGAAAGUGUCUACCUGUGGUGAACAUUUCAGGCCAGAAAAAUUAAAAGAAUGGCCAGAGCUCGAGUCAGUUGCUUUAAUGGAGGUGUUAGCUAGAGAAGACAUUGAUGAAGCUGUACAUGCAAUAUUAUUUAGAGAAAAUUACAUUGCCAAGGUUAUGUUGCCUUUGUUUUGUGAUUCCCUGUUUAGAAGAUGGCAAGAGAUGGAUGAAGAGAAGAGAGCUGUUUUUCAAAAUAAGACAGGAAAACGAUACACCUUAAAAGAAUGUAAAGACCUAGAGAAGGCCAGGCUUUAUGCCACAUUGCCCCAUUUCACUUUUACUCUACAUGAUGUUAUUCUAGAGUGGCAUAAAGCCUCUGCGAGAUCUGUGAGAAACAAAACACCUAGUAAAUGCAGUGGUGCACCAGUUCGCAUUUCCAUCAACCAUACCAUUUUUGAAAGGCAAUUUCAUUCCUCAAAGCUCAGCCAGGAGAAUGGAAUGGAAGAGAGGAAUUGUGUGGUGAGCAGAGAUCUGGGGGAGCAGGGCUGGGAUGGCACAAGUUGCAACAUGCACAAGAUGACAGGCAUUGAUUUUGGAAUUUGAACCAUUGACACAUCCCUCCUUGUGACACAGGUUCCCCAGGGUAGAGAAGGCAGGAGGCAAAAAAGGGAGUGGAAAGGAUGUUGCAGAAGAUUUACUUCAUGCACAGGAAAUGGUGGGGUUGCCUCUGGGCUUGGUGCUGCUGCGCCCUGUGGCAGGGAGUCUGGGGUUUGGAAACUCAGAAAAGGUGCACAUAGUGGGACCCCGGAACCUGCUUUGGAGGACAGAUUGUGUCCUCACGAGGUGAGAGAAAUCCUGGUCAGAGAAAUUUUCAGAGAAAAUUUUCCCUGAAUUUUUGCUCCUCUGCCAUUUUCCUACCAUUUACACAUCCAC